AUCACUACACGUAGCUACAGGGCACUAAUUAAUAGACGCCGUUAUUUCUGCAGUUGGUGAGAGUCGGUGCCGCAGCAUUUCUAGCCAGUGAACAUAUUUGGCUCCACUUACCUCUGUUCAAUCGGGUUGUAUUUAUAUUCAGACUUACUGGAGGGACGGAUGAGGACGGUGUCAUGACACUGAGGAGAGUAAACGUGAUUAUCCUUGUGCUGUUGGCUGUGGCCUUCCUCAUCAUAGUCCAACGAAAUCUCCUCAACCUCAGUGACUUUUUACACAAAGAACAUCAAGAUGCAGGGAUGAUCCUGCCCUUUGAGUCUGAACCGUCUCCAAACCUGAGACCGGAGUAUGAGAGGAAAGGGGAAGAGAUUCCUAUUCUUAUAACUGCUGCUGAAGAAAGACUUGGUGCUGUUGUCGCUGCCAUCAACAGUGUCUACCAGAACAGUAAAGCCAAUAUUGUGUUCACUAUAGUGACUCAGAAUGACACAGUGGAUCACCUGAAGACUUGGCUGAGUGAUACAAGGCUGAAAUAUAUUAAACAUAAAAUUGUUGUGUUCAACCCCGAGCACCUCAAAGGGAAAAUACCAAAAGAUUCUCUGAACCUGGAAGCUGCAAAACCAUUGACAUUUGCCAGAUUUUAUCUUCCUCUUUAUAUACCUGAGGCAGAGAAAGCCAUCUAUUUGGAUGAUGACAUUAUCGUACAAGGGGAUAUUCAAGAGCUUUAUGAAACUAACAUAAAACAAGGACAUGCUGCUGCCUUCUCUGAUGACUGUGAUUCAGCGUCUUCUAAGGGCAUCGUACGGGGGGCUGGAAAUCAAAAUAACUACAUAGGAUUCCUGGACUUCAAGAAGGAGUCUAUCAAGAAGCUGGGGAUGAGGGCCAACACAUGUACCUUUAACCCCGGGGUCAUUGUUGCCAACUUAACUGAAUGGAAGAAUCAGAACAUCACCCAGCAGCUGGAGCACUGGAUGGAGCUGAACACUAAGGAAGAUCUGUACAGUAAGACACUGGCCGAGAGUAUAACAAGCCCUCCACUCCUAAUAGUUUUCUACAAACAUCAUUCCACCAUUGACCCCAUGUGGCACGUCAGGCACCUUGGAACUACGGGGGCUGGAAACCGGUACUCCCUACCAUUUGUAAAAGCAGCCAAACUCCUCCAUUGGAACGGACACUAUAAGCCCUGGGGAAGAACAUCCUCAUUUUCUGAUGUGUGGGACAAAUGGUACAUCCCAGACCCAACAGGAAAAUUUCAUCCUGUGCGAAGACACACAGAGGACAAAUAGACUGAUAAACAUGUUGAGAAAGCUUCACAGAGAGACCAGCCAGCCCUGUCGUAGCAGGACCACGCCUUCCUAUAGCUCAGGAACUAAAUACUAAGUAAGGCCUUUUGUCUUACCAGCCUUUUAAAUCAUUCAUAUUGAACUUUUGGAUCAUUUCAUUUUCACAUUCCACUACACCGACAGAGUUGUCUCAUCCUAUACUGUUGGACCAUGCAAAUUACUCCAAGUUUUAUUUCUCAGAAGUAAGGUGUUUUUCAGAUUACUUUGACCCGUGUUUCCUUAAACACUAUCAGUGAAUUGUCUAACAUCAUCAGCAACAGUUAACCGUAAUGUAGACAUGUGACAGUGUGCCAAGACCUUCUUUUGCAUCCAGACUGUGAUUGAAGCCACUGUGUCAAAGUAAACAUUGGUGUCAUUUGGUGCACAUAACUAAAUAUUUAUUUUAAAACUAAAGGAUCAUAUAUACAGCUAACUAUCCUGCCUUCAAGUUAACAUUUACAAACUUCAUCACCACUGUACUGCAGUUAUGUUACCUGUGGCGAUGCCUUGACAUUACCUCACUUCUGUAUUUUCCUGUGGAAAAGGAAUAUUACCAUACUUUUAAUUGCACAUAAUCUUUGCAGACCAUGUUGUUACAUCUAUCGAGUGGCCUGUGUUUAGGUCGGCACAAGGACAUUACUAUUAGGAAAUACUGUUCAAUUCCCUUUUCCUCUCAGUACAAACAUCUAAACAGUGUUCGAAUCACUCCACACCUUUUGGAGGCAGGUUAUAGUACAAGCCCCAGCUUUCAAUACCAUAAAUACUAUUUUGGCAUUGCCUCGCUUCUUUUGCUCAACUAUUUCAGACUGGUUUUUACUGAUAUUACACGAAUACCACUAAAACACUGCAUCCCUGCAGAAAUUAAGAAUAUGUUUGCUUAGAAAUGCUUCUUGUUCCAUCAGGAUUUUUAUGCUCCAAGGAUUCACCUCGCAGGUGUAAAUAUUUGUCACCUUUUGUAAGUACAUAAUAAACUUUUUAUCAUACAACUGA